ACAUAUUGCUUACAGGAGCAAAUUCUGGAAAGCUAGGAGAGAGAAAGGAUUUAAAAUUACUUCCCAUCUUCACGACUUGAUACACUCAACACGACAUAAUGGAGCCGUCAGCCAGUCCGGCCAAAGACAACAACUACAGGAUGAACCGCUACAAGAACAAAGCACUGAACCCGGAGGAGAUGAGGCGCCGGAGAGAGGAGGAGGGCGUCCAACUCAGGAAACAGAAACGAGAACAACAGCUUUUCAAGAGGAGGAAUGUGGACGUUCUCAAUGAAGAGGAGGCCAUGUUUGAGAACCCUCUAGUGGACUCGUACCUCAGCUCUCCAGUUACAGAAGGUGUCAUUACAAAGGAAAUGGUUGAGAUGCUUUUCUCGGAGGACCCGGAGCUUCAGCUCGCCACAACACAAAAGUUCAGAAAACUACUUUCCAAAGAGCCCAACCCUCCAAUUGAUGAAGUUAUAAACACAGCUCGAGUAGUGGAUAGAUUUGUGGAGUUCUUGAAGAUGAGCACCAACUGCACACUCCAGUUCGAGGCAGCGUGGGCACUGACCAACAUAGCAUCCGGCACAUCCAUGCAGACGAAGACUGUGAUUGCGGCCGGAGCGGUGCCAAUCUUCAUCGAACUACUGAACUCAGACUUUGAAGAUGUCCAAGAGCAGGCUGUUUGGGCCCUGGGUAAUAUUGCAGGAGACAGUGCGGUGUGCAGAGACUACGUGCUGAACUGCGACAUUCUUCCACCAUUAUUAAUGCUUCUGACCAAAUCCACUAGAUUGACCAUGACUAGGAACGCAGUGUGGGCUCUGUCUAAUCUGUGUCGAGGGAAAAACCCUCCACCUGCGUUUGAAAAGGUGUCACCCUGUCUGCCCGUGCUGUCCAGGCUUUUAUUUAGCAGCGACCCAGACUUGCUGGCAGACGCCUGCUGGGCCCUGUCCUACCUCUCCGACGGCCCCAACGACAAGAUCCAAGCCGUCAUCGACUCUGGCGUCUGCAGGCGUCUGGUCGAGCUGCUCAUGCACACGGACUACAAGGUGGCCUCGCCUGCUUUGAGAGCUGUAGGAAACAUCGUCACUGGAGACGACAUCCAAACACAGGUGGUGUUGAACUGCUCCGCCCUGCCCUGUCUGCUGCACCUCCUCAGCAGCGCUAAAGAGUCCAUCCGCAAAGAGGCCUGCUGGACCAUCUCAAACAUCACUGCAGGAAACAGAGCACAAAUACAGACGGUCAUUGAUGCCAACAUCUUCCCAGUGCUGAUCGACAUCCUACAGAAAGCUGAAUUCAGAACCAGGAAAGAGGCGGCCUGGGCCAUCACCAACGCAACGUCCGGAGGAACACCAGAACAGAUCAGAUACCUGGUGAACCUGGGCUGCAUUAAGCCGCUGUGUGACCUGCUGACGGUGAUGGACUCUAAGAUCGUUCAGGUGGCUCUGAACGGGCUGGAGAACAUCCUGAGGCUGGGAGAGCAGGAAGCCAAGCAGGAGAACAGCGGCAGCGGGGUCAACCCCUACUGCAGCCUCAUCGAAGAAGCAUAUGGUCUCGACAAAAUCGAGUUCCUCCAGAGCCACGACAACCAGGAGAUCUACCAGAAGGCCUUCGAUCUCAUCGAGCAUUACUUCGGCACGGAGGACGAGGACAACAGCCUCGCCCCGCAGGUGGACGCAGCCAACCAGCAGUUCCUCUUCCCCCCGCAGGAGGCCCCUAUGGAGGGCUUCCAGCUAUAAGUCCCCUCCUCUCUCCUCUAAAAUACACCUUGCACCCCCCCCCCCCCCCCCCCUCUGUACCUCCUUAUCUCAUGGAGAAGCCGGAGUCAACCCACAUCGACCCCCUACCGUUAACACACACACACACACCUCUUGGAGGAAAACUGUCCCGCUCUCCAGACAAACCCCCCCGCCGCCCCCCCCCCCCCCCCC